AUGACCCAAGAAACAGUCCAACACGACUCACAUUUAAAGGAAAUAAAUGAUCUAAAAGAGAAGAUGACCCAGUACGGUUUGCAUUUGAAGAGAAUGGAUGAUCUCAAAGAGAAGAUGGCCCAGAACGAUUUGCAUUUGAAGGAAAUAAAUUAUCUCAAAGAGAAGAUGGUCCAGUACGAUUUGCAUUUAAAGGAAAUGAAUAAUCUCAAAGAGAAGAUGGUCCAGUACGAUUUGCAUUAUAAGGAAAUGAAUUAUCUCAAAGAGAAGAUGGUCCAGUACGAUUUGCAUUGGAAGGAAAUGAAUGAUCUCAAAGAGAAGAUGGUCCAGUACGAAUUGCAUUGGAAGGAAAUGGAUGAUCUCAAAGAGAAGAUGGCCCGGUACGAUUUGCAUUUGAAGGAAAUGGUUGAUCUCGAGGAGAAGAUGGCCCAGAACGAUUUGUAUUUGAAGGAAAUAAAUGAUCUCAAAGAGAAGAUGGCCCAGAACGAUUUGCAUUUGAAGGAAACAAAUGAUCUCAAAGAGAAGAUAGCCCAGUACGAUUUGAAUUUGAAAGAAAUGGAUGAUCGUGCAAAGAAUAUGGAGAAGGUGGUGACUCAACACGAUUCACAACUGAAAGAAUUUAAAAAUCGCGAAGAGGAAAUUGAUAAGAAGAUGGCUCGGCAUGAGAUGCUCUUGGAGGAAAGGAAAAAUCAUGGAGAAAUUACAAAGAGGAAGAUGGCCCAACACAAUUCACGAUUGGAAGAAAUGGAAAAUGGUGCACGGAAAAGAGAGGCGAAAAUGACCCAGAUUUCCUCGAAAUUGCAAGAGGUGGAAAAUUGUGGGGAGAUAACGAAGAAGAAAAUAGCUCUACAAGAUUUGCAGUCCAAAGAAAUGGGUAAACGGGUAGAGAAGAAUGAGAGAAAAGUUGCCCGGCACGACUCGCAACUGCAAGAUAUGAAUAAUCUUGGAGAGAUGAUAAAGAAGAGAGUGGCUCAAGACGAUUUCCUGUUGAAAGAAAUUAUUCACCGUACAGAGAAGCUGAAGAAGGAAAUGGCCCACUACGACUCGCAUUUGCAAGAGAUGGGUAACCAUUGUGAGUCGAUGGAGGAGAAAGUGGCUCAACAAGAUUCACGUUUUGAAGAAGUGAGUAAUCGCACUGACAGGAUGAAGAGGGGGUUGGCCAGACACGGUGCACACUUGAAAGAAAUUGAUCACCAUAAAAAGAGGAUGGAGAAGGGAAUGCGAAAAGUAGGCGAAAAAGUGAAGAACCACUAUGCCCUUAUCUGCUUGCAAGACGAGAAGACCGUCCAUCUUCAGAGGUACUUCGACAGAGUAUUACAAGAGCACUUUAACAACUGCCGCAAUGUUGAAACCCAGAUACGAGAUAGCUUAGAGGAUCUGAUUGUGCGAAUUGAUACCUUGUUCGCAAUGUCUGCUCCAAGUACACCGACUGAACUGUAA